CACAUUCGGGUGACAUUGAUUCCUUGUUCGUGGUGUCUGCCUGCACGGAUCCCCUUCCUCGGACUUAUAAAUAGUCCAUCUGGGCAGGAAAAUGCAGUCAGACUGCGCAUCCCCGCACGGCCGCGGUCUGAUCCACACCGCUGCGGCGGAUGGAGGUACUCGCAUGUCCGGCGACUGGUAAUCUUUCAUAGCGUUAGAUGUGGCGUGGGGGACACCAUUGGUAGGACAGGGAAGACAAAAGUAGUAACUUGAUUAAAAAUAUAUAUAAAGCGAAUGUAGUCGCUGGGGGCGCUGGUUGACCGCUGCGCAACAGGCAAUACAGCCACUCAGUGUCAGUCAGAUCAGUGAUAUUAACACAAUCUAAAGAGCAAAGGGGAGUUUCCAAAGUCAUCAAAGCGCUCCAGCUUUCUCAUUCUCGGCCAGAGACCACUGAAAAUGGAUCUUACGAAGGCUGCGGCUCCCUUCCUAUGGUUUUCCUUGUACUUUGGGAAUUUUCUGGAAGCGGCGGUGCUGGAAUCCUCGCAGCAGCCCUCUGGCGUGGGUGAUAACGGGCUGGCCGCACAUCUGGAGGAGCGGAGCAGAAGAGAAGCUAGAGCGACGUCCAGGAGCGACGCUCCGCCAAACGGCACCGUGGUGCCUCAUGAAUACAUGAUAUCUCUCUACAGGACCCUGUCUGAGAUCGAGAGACGGGGCGCCAACGGCAGCCUUUCCCGGUCACCCAGACAUGCCAACACCGUGACCAGCUUCGUGGACCAAGGAAAAGACCACCCUUCAACAGAACCGGGCCAGCGGUACCUGUUCGACAUUUCCAGCCUCUCCAGGGCGGACGAGCUGGUGGGCGCCGAGCUUCGGAUCCUGCGCAGGCCCCCACCCAAUCUGCCACUGGCGCUGUCCCAGGAUGGCAACCUGUACCGCAUGCUGCUUUACACUUGCCCUGAAGGGGGCGCCACAAGGCGCCUCCUGGACUCUCGUACCGUGGAUCUGCUGGACACCGGGUCGGCCAAGUGGGAGGCGUUCGAUGUGUGGGCCGCGGUGCGGCCGCUGCCUCGGGGGAGAGGCUCCCCUCUGUGCCUCGACAUGGCCGUCAUCUCCGAGGCGACCGAGGCGGCUGUGCACCCGGUGGCGCUGGGCCUGAGUCGCAGGUGGCGACAGCCCCAGGAGAGGGCGCUGCUGGUCACUUUCUCCCGCAGCCGCAGGAAGGAGAACCUGUUCCGGGAGAUUCGGGACAAGAUGAAGGCCCUUGGCGGCCUGCGGUCCAGGGUGGGCGCACAGGAGGCCCGCAGCCACAGACGGCGCCGGCGGAGGAGGACGGCCCUCUCUGGAAGGCCCGGCAGCAUGGGUGGAGGCGGGGGCCGCGGGGCCGGCAGGCGGAAGACACGAUGCAGUCGCAAGCCGCUGCACGUGAACUUCAAGGAGCUCGGCUGGGAUGACUGGAUUAUCGCGCCGCUGGACUAUGAGGCGUACCACUGUGAGGGCGUCUGCGACUUCCCGCUGCGCUCGCACCUGGAGCCCACCAACCACGCCAUCAUCCAGACGCUCAUGAACUCCAUGGACCCCGAGUCGACACCCCCUAGCUGCUGUGUGCCGUCCAAGCUGAGCCCCAUCAGCAUCCUCUACAUCGACUCGGGCAACAACGUGGUCUACAAGCAGUACGAGGACAUGGUGGUGGAGAGCUGUGGGUGCAGGUAGCAGGCACCGCUGGUCGGGCAGCCCACACGGGGAGACAGCCCCCCCCCGCACUCAGCCUGUAGCCUGAAGACGUGCCGCUGACAUGUGCAUGGAAAAUGGGGGGGGGGGGGCUGGUUUGGAAGGGCAGAUGUGAUGUAACACGCGACUACAGACAGGAGGCGCUCUGCUUGCGCUCACUUGAUUGUACACGUGCAAGGAGGUGGGCAGGGGUCUGUUGGUUCACCAUCUGAUGCCAAAAGCAGGAUCGGAGGUGAUGUCGCUGGGAUGAGAGACUCGCAUGGACAUAUUCCUGGUUUUGUCGUUCCCUCUGUAUUUCCUGAGAGAUGGAUCAUGUUUUAAAUAUGAUUUGCACACACAGAAAAAAAAACGGAUGGUCUUAACCGGUGUUUCUUAAACAUAUUCGCAUCACCCUGAAAGGAUUCUGCUUACGGCCGCGCCGCGUCGCACCGAAUGGGCCGUAGCUCCCAGGAGAAACUCCAGGAGCCUCCAGAGAAGCUUCACGCUCAGAAACAUCACGUUAAACCCGUCACAGACCUGCAGGACCGGACGAUGUUCAGCUGUAUGCUAUGCAUUCAUGUCGAUUUUACUGUCUGUCCACAUUCUGUGGAAAGUAAAAUAAUCGCGAUUCUCGGCUGUCGUCUGGAACUUUUACCCAUAAUGAAAGUCACAUGUUUCCUGCACAGAUUUCAGUAGGGAGACCCAUGUAAACACCUGGGACAUCAACAACUGAAUGGUAUAUAAAACAAAAUAGGGAACUAUAGAUUAGAAGUAUUAUUUCUUUUUAUUUAAAACCAUAGUUUGUCAGCUAAAAUGCAUCAUCAUCCAUGUAGAGUUUGUUUACGUUGUUUGAGUGGAGCAUAAUCUCAUUUCCUGCUUGGGUUCAUUUGUUAGGCCGUUUCAUUCACUGCCUGACCGGUGUAGCCUGGAGCUCCUUGGCUCCGCCUCCCCACUACCCAACAGCCAAUGAGAAAGAGCAAGGCCCGUCUGCCAGCACUGACACAGUCAUAUGACUAAAGACGCACUUAUACUGUUAAUUUUAUAAUGAAAUUGAGGAGAAGCUUUGCCACCAUCGCAGCCUCUAAAGAUCUCCAGAGAUCCGUGCUCGACCAGAACCACCAUGGCCUGAUUUUUGGGCUGACGGAUCUUGGCUAGCGUAAUGCAAGCCAAGGAUGCAAGAAACAUGACUUUCCCGAUCAAUUUCACACUUGGUGAGACUGAUCAAAAACUGCAUGGCACUUCCACCAGAGUCAUGGAAAACACACAUUACAUCCCAGGAAGCACCACAGCUGGGGCGAUCACGUCCCCCACACGCCCCCUAAAACACCCUCAAAAUAAACAUGUAGUUUGAGGGCAGAAAUGGAGCAGCGGGUGUCCUGGGAUACCGGCUCCUUAUCAAAAUGCCGCUCAGGGCCCUGGGCCAGCAGUUUAGUGCACCACCCUUCCCGGCCUGAGGGGGGCACUCCCUGUCAAACCCCAGCCUGUUUCCCCUGCGUGUAAUUCCUCAAGUUUUUUACCCCAGUUUUCUUUCAUAAUUACUUCCCAAAACGCAGCGGAGAAGCCUGGGGAGCACGAUAAAUGAAAGCUGUGUGUUAAAAAAAAAAAAAACAAAAAACGCAAAUAAAUAACCUUAGGAAAAUUUUAGCAAUUUUUCUGGCUGAAAAUGUGCAAGGUGCCCCACGGAAUCAGGCUGGUGUACUCACAUGUGCCCCAUUGCACGUUCUGGAAACUUCCACCACCACUUAUUCUGGGAGGAAGCUACAGGGGGGAUGGAGGAGACGGAGACCUGGAUUUCCGCUUCCCAGCAGCCCCCCUACAGCGUGUGUCCGUCUAGGCAGAGCGCCCCCUAGGGGGUGAGCUCAGAGUUUGCCACCACAUAAAACGCUUUCUCAGACGCUUGUCUCGAAAGUGAGUGGCUCAUGUAGGGAACAACAUUCAAGCGUGACAGCACCACACCACUUCCCCGCAUCAAUGCCACCUUCCCUCGAGUCGCUGCCUCGUCGUCUGUGCCUCGUCGUCUGUGCCUUGUCGUCUGUCUUGCACGUAAUCUGUAACAGCGAAUGCAUUUCUGAGGUGAGAGGCCUGUGCAGCACUGAGACAAGGUGCGAUGGUGACAUUAGCAGCAUUAUUUAUCAAGUCUAUAAAAAUCCAUACAUUUUUGAGCUUUAUUUUAGUAGCUACUUCAGUACUGAGCUAUAUAUUUUGUAAUGUGUAUACAUUCCUUAUGGAGACCACAAGAUGUUAUUUAAUGAGCUGAAGUGACGCUUGAAAUGGCUUGUUUUGUAUAUGAUGCAUUUUAAGGUUCAGUUUAGAGUUCAGUAUAAGUUCAGAUGACUGUGAUUUCUGCUCCUACAGGAAAUCAGCCACUGUGACAUGUGUGCAGGUAAUGGUGACGGAUUCAGACCAUGUCCCUGUGUGAUUAGUUAUGAACAGGUAGCAACAGGUAACUACACAUGACCACUGGAUAACCAAGGACCAACAGCAGGUGGGGGGGGGGGUCAUUUAAUCCAUCACCUGCCCUGUGCUCUCAGUGCCUGAAGGUUAAUGAUCAGUGUGCUGGUGUUUCUGCGUACAAACACGCUCUGACACACUCCGGCGGGGACAGCCUAUCCCGCAACACGCGUGCUCGUGUUGGCUCACUAACUCUGCCAGUUUAUGGCGAUUUCAUCUCGCUAAGUGCCGAAGCGAGUGGAUUAUGAAGUGGAGCGCAACGCAGUGAGGACGUGACAAGAGGCGCAGGCGUGACGACGGCAGCGAGGUGAAGGAGCGGGCGGGGCAGCGUGGCUGAGACUGAAAUGCACUGUGUAUGUAAUCCAUGUGUUUAAAGGACUGUACAUAAUACAAUUGUAAAUGACCUGUAAACCACAAUGUUCUUUUCCUUUUGGAAAUAUUAUAUAGUGGUAUAUAUUUGAAGAAAAGUAUGCACUCUUUGUAUUCUCCUUUAAUAUUAACUUUUUGAUGUUUUGU